AUGUAUGAAUAUUGGAAUGGUUAGGACCUUCAGAAUAGACAUCCAAAUACCUUUGAUUAAUAAGGGAAUCAGUUUAUUUAACAAAUUAUUACAAAAAUAACCCAUAUUUUAGACCAUUUUAAUCAAUAAAAGUUUAUUAAUACACUUACUAUUCUUUCUGAAAUAAAAGUAUAAAGCUUGUAAUCUAUAACUUAUUAUUUAGACAAUUUAAUGCCAGGAAACUGGCUCAAAGUUCUGAUGAGCUGCAAGAUUAUAUUUCUCAAUUCAUGGAAGUUGAUGGAAAUGCCCUGAGACUCAAUGAGCAAUUCUAAAAAGUGGAGAAGUAAAAAUCAGCAGAACUCUUGUUGAAAAUGAUAGAAAUGGCUCAAGGGACAAUGAGGGAUUGGUACUAAUUCCAACAUUAGCAAUUAGAGAUUGAGAAGUUCGAGGAGAGAGGUAGACACAUCUUUAAUAAAUAUAGUGGAUUUGUUGCGUCAUAAUUUUGAAUUGAAAUAGUCCUAAAAUAAUUGCUGUGCUUCCUGUCAACUUAUUUGA